UUUCAAAGCUUGGAAAAUGCAAACUUGAUUGUUCUAUUCACACACGUGCUGACCAUGUAAUGUUGAGCUACAUGCUUCAAGUUUUGACGUAUUGGAAACAGUUUUGUUUUGUUUUUUUCUUAUCAGGUUUAAUUUAAUGAUUGAUUAUCGUGAUAAUUCGAUCGGGGAACAAGAAGCCACUUUUAUGUAACCCGAGCUGCAACUAAAAAGGCUAGCAUUAGCCGAAUCUGAUGCAGCAACAUGUUCAGACUUGAUCUUUUGCACAACGUGGGACCUGUCACCAUUCGCAUUCAGGACAUCUCGCAAAUCGGCUAAUGCAAAGAGAAUGGAUUAUAGCUUCCCAAAGCAGCUGUUCCCUUCAUUUUACAACAAUGGACCACCAGGCUGCACGCAGAAACCAUGUGCUGGAAUUUGGGGCAGUUACGAUCAGGUCCAACCUCAGGGUGGAUCUGAUCCUCCAAGCAACUGGACCUUUACAUCUAGACAUCAGGUGAAGGGGGAGAUAUGGCGUCAGACAGAACCGGCACCAAUUCCCCUCUUCAAACCAAACAACUCUUUCAUUUGGUCCUCAACUCCUCCAGAUCCGCACGACUUCACAGAGCAUAUGCAAAACUUCUACUCCGAUCAUUGCCGAGACGCCUUUGGGUGCAUCAGUGAAGUUCUCGGGGACAAUUUCUAUUUUAAAUAUGGAAUGAAAAAGCGUCAACGCAGAGAUGCAGUUCACACAUGGAAGAUAAAACGGUUCCUUGACAAGCUGAAUUUGCCAAUAUGUCACAAGUCGUGUUCCUCCAGUACACUGCAGGCGUACAGUGCUUUAAUGUCAGAUGUCGUGCAUACUGUCCCGCCAGAGCUCCUGGGUUCUCUGUUGUACGAGGAACUGACGGAGCAGAGAGACCGCCGGCUGUUCUAUGAAGGAGCCACAGGGGGCGCACUCAACUUAAUCCCCUUCUCACAAAGUGAACACUCUCAAAAUGGCUGCCUUCUCUUUCCUGGAAACCAGGGAAUGGACCGCCUCAACUUUCACAGAGUUGAGUGGGAACACCACCAAGACAAAUGUUUCUCUUUGAAAUCCAGCAAAAGGAAACCGUUCCACUUCCAACUGAAGGGCCCCAUCCGGCAGAUUAGCUCAGCAUCUUUGUUCAACAUUUGUUGUGUUUCUGCGCGGUCAGAUCGUUUCUGUGGCUUUUGGAGAUUUAGUGAGCGCGAAGAACCACAUUUGUUGCAAGUCGUUAACACCAAAGAUGUUGCCACUUGUAUUACUGUCAGUCCUCACAUUCUAGGUGAAGUUUUGGUGGCAAGUGAAAGUGGAACAGUAAACCUGUGGACUGUUGGCAAAGGGAUCCAAAAGGUUUGGGAAGACAUCAGCAACCUUUACUUCAAUGCUAAGUCAUCAUGGCGCUGGUGUGAAUUCUCUGCCCAUCCUCGGGUGAUCGUCUACGCUGACAGGACUGGUGCAGAACUCUGCGAUAUCAGGGCGUGUCCUGCCUCCAAUCACACAUUGUUUCGUAUCAGCAACACUGCAGACUGUAGAAGUGGAGAGAGGCUUAUCCUCAGUAAAUAUCUGGCAGAUGUUCACCCUUUUCACCAUCUUGUCAACACUCAGUACUCAACCUACAUAAUGGACGAGCGAUUUCCUUGCUUACCAGUGCUGAAGAUGGAUCACAUGAUGCAAUUCCCACCAGUGUUCUGUCAUGUCCUUCCUGGUGGAUCCUCAUCCCGGAGCGGAGCAGGAACCACUAAAGUUUUACUGGGUUCACAGUGCUCUCAGGAAAUCACACAGCUGCAGUAUUCAGGUGGCAGAGCAGAACCGUGCAUCAGUAUGGGUCCUCCUCAGGCACUCCUUCGGCCUUGUGAUAGCCUCCAACACCUUCCCGUCCAGAUCCCGCACCGCAUGGACAUAGCAUCGAACCGACUGUCCUCACCAUCUGCAGGUCUAACCUGUAUCCAAAAGACUGCAAGAGAUGGAAAUAAUGAUUGCAUCUAUGUGCUACAAUUGACUGAAGCAGGUGAUAUAUUCUAUCAGAUUCUUGAACAUGAGCAUCUGGAUGCCUCUUUAGCCCCAGCCUCAGAGGAUAAAGCCCAACCUAGAAACCCAGUACUGGAAAAUGCCUCCGAAGCAGUUCCUGAAACAUCCAGCAAUGAGGACAUAAUCGGGCCAACUCGGGGCAUAAUGCUUCACACAUUUGUGACCAAAACGCCAGAGAAACAACUUCGAUUGGACAAUUCGGACAACGAUUCUGAGGAUUCAGAGACACGAGGGAAAGGCCAAAACUUGAAAAGGUUGAACCUCCAGAUACAUGUCAAUGAUGAUCCAGGAUUGAAUGCAGAAAAUGAAAAUGGGACCAGUUCGGCAGCCAAUGAUUCAGAGCAGCCAAGCAGCAAUCAAGAGACGCGCCCUAACUUUACUCAUGCUAAUCUACCUGACUGUCCGACGUUUGUAAAACUCAGUGAGGAUGCUCUCAGCACGUGGAAACGCUGGCUACAAAAACUAAUGCACAAGAGCCACAAAAAGGACCGUAUGCGCUGCCAAAUGACAUGUGAUCCCAGUAGUCUCUUUAGUCUUUCCUGCAACAAAAUGAGAGAACUGUCUCAAGAUGACCACGUAACGCGCAUGAGACAUCAGUUGAGUGUGUGCAUGUCUGACCCUUCCCUGCUGGUGAGAAGCGCCGCCACCUCCGAGCCUCCGGAAGUGGUGCCGUUUCCAGACCAGGUGGACACGGGAGCGUGGGUUGACGAUCUCAGUCGACGUCUGACCCUGGCCUGGCAAGGCGAGGAAAAUUGGCGAGCCUGGUGGAAAGAUCGGCUGGGGCUGAAUAGGGAAGAAAAGAUGAAUGCUCUCAGGAGGAAGAGGAGGAGGCAAAGGGAGGCGAGGAUGCGAUCCGGCGGGCGACGGCUAGCGCUCUCUGAAAGCUUCACUUCAUCAGUCACCUACCAGUCAGAGCUGGACGAUUUCUCCGACUGGACGGGCUGGUCCUCUGCUGCAAGCCAAGGGGUGGGGUCAGACUCGGAAAGGGUGGAGACAGAAUUAUCGCAGUCUGAGGGCACGAUAGAAAGUGAAGCGCUAAUAACCAAGACACCCGUCACUGCGAUCAAUGAGGCCACAUUUCCUACUCCAAUCGUCUCAUCAAGAUCUGCUCAACUGGACUCCACACCAUCCAGCCAGAGGAGAAGCAAACGCCCCGCAGAGGACUACCUCAGCUCUCUGUUUGGAUCGCAGGACGAUCCCGCACAACACGACACCUACUUUGACGCAGAGCAGCAGUCACUUGGACCUCUGGCUCACUCCUCCCAGUCCCUCUCCCAGAGUUCUCUGGGGCGCCUGUUUUCACAACCAAAGAAAAAGAAGGCGCGGAUGGGAUUUUAGUUUGUCCAUCAGCCCAUGAUCAAAAUGCAGUAUUGACGGCAUACAUUUUUACUCUUCUAAUCCCUUGUUCAACAAAAUCAAGUCAUGACAUCAGUCAUGGAUUCAGUUAACCUUACACCUGCCCCCUCAAAGCAUGUCCACUUUAUGGACAGAGUGUCUCUGUUCCUUAAACACUUCAGUUUUAUUACUUGAAGACCUCAAGAUCAUUAAUUAUUAGAAACGUACACAGAUUGGAUCUUACCUUAAAAAUGUAUCAUCUUCACUUUUAAACUCCGUUUUUUUGUGUUUGUGUGCAGGCGCACAUGCUGUUUGCAUGUGUUUGUAAUCAUGAAAGUGUCUGAUUUCAUUUUAUCAAAUGUCAUUAAGAAAAUCUGUAACCUUUUUUACAAAACUGUGUAAUCAGCUUGUUCGGUUUGCCAGAGUUUUGGAGUGACUUAAUACUCUGCAUAACUUCUCAUCUCCAUGGCAACACCUUGACUUCACUUCUGGCAUGCGGCAGGAGGUACUUAAAGGUCAUUCUCCAAACAAAUUGAAUGUCACAGCAAUUUUCUCUUCUACUACAGAUCAUGGCUGGAGACUGUUUCUGCGUUGUCACCUUUCCACGAAAGUAUAGCAGAAACUGAUCCGACUUGUGUUGCAGCUCUGAAUUGUGUAGGGUUGUGUCGCUAAAAUAAAGGGAUAACUGGGGUUACAAUAUGUGCAUAAAUCUUUGAUUACUUCUGCUCUGCACUCUGCCUAUUAAUUCUGUUACAAUCACCUCCUCCCCUUCACUUUUAGCAUAUGUGUGCUGAAUGCCAUUACACAUUCAGUCCAACCAGCUUGUGGCUUAAACAAAGUAAAGGAACAUUACAGAAAACAAGUGAUGGAAGUUGUCUCAGACUAUAUUGCCCUCUAAGUAUGAGUGUGUCUUUAUAUUUAGAGGUUUUUAACUUGUCAAUGUGCAUUGUACAGUAGAACUACUUUGGCAAUGGUAGUGCAAAUGAGGUACUAUAAAUAAAACCGAUUUAGCAAAAUUAA